AUGAGUAACGAAAAAGCCAAAAGAGUCUGGUGUGAUGGGUGGUAAGUGAAGGGUUACAGUACUAUAACAUUGCUGUAAUUGAAAAAGUAGCAUUUUUUAGUUAAGCAAUGACAUUUAUCACUUUCAAUGAUUUAUGGCUAAACAAAAGACAAAUUUUUAAAAUUUUGUUUUACUAUUAACUUAAAAAUUAAAAUAUACGGUAAAUUUACAAUAAUUGUUUUAGCUAUGACAUGGUCCACUUUGGUCAUGCCAAUCAGCUUCGUCAGGCCAAGGAAAUGGGCCAGAAGCUGGUUGUUGGUGUACAUAAUGAUGAAGAGAUAACAAAACACAAAGGACCCCCAGUUUUCAAUCAAGAGGAACGCUACAGGAUGGUGAGGGGCAUCAAGUGGGUCGACGAAGUAAGGAUAACAUCACAUGCUUUAUACAAUAUCAUUUCUUUUGUCAAAUUAACUCUUUUUGAUCUUAUAAGCUUACUUAGGGCAAUACUUUUAGAUAGUAGAAGAUGCUCCGUACUCUACCACAAUUGAAACCCUCGACAAAUACGAUUGUGACUUUUGUGUCCAUGGAAGUAAGUCUUGAUCCUUAAAAAGUGCAUUCUAUAUAUAUUGUCAUUUUUUUACUUCUUAUUGUAAUUGAAGCGUGUAUCAAAAACUUGAAUUUUUUUUUAAUUCAAAACUGGAAUACGUAUUUUACAUUACUUUAUGAUUUCAGACGAUAUCACACUCACUGCAGAUGGGGUAGACACAUACGCUGAUGUAAAAGCAGCCGGCCGUUACCGUGAAUGUGAACGGACAGCUGGUGUCUCUACUACUGUAAGUUUAAAUCAAAAGUUCAUUUUUUUAAUUUAAAUUUUUUGGAAUUGAAAAACAUUAAUCUGUAAUAAGGUAAUCUGUAAUAAGGUAACUAUAUUUUUUGAAAAAUGUAAAGUUAUCUUCCAUCAUUACAGGACUUGGUAGGACGUAUGUUGUUGAUGACACGAAGCCACCACAGCCAAAGUGAAGACAUGACUCCGGAACACGAACAGAAGGCCCACAAACUCAGCACCGUAAGGCAAUGUAUACUGUUUGCCGUAUGUUUUGGUGUCUGCACCGUUUCCCUAUAGUAUCGUUAUGUUGUGUCAUGUCACUGUUAUUACACAUGUUUAGUCAUCAUUUUUAAUUUUUUUAAAUUUAGUGUUUACUUUUACAUUUUACAGUAUCUUGUUUGUAAUGUAUUGUGUAGUGUCGACUACCAAUAUAAAAAUAAUAUUAAUCCCAAUUUUAGGACCACGGUGCUGGUUCUCCAUGGACCCGAGUCUCCAAAUUCAUGCCUUCAACACAACAGAUUCUGCAGUUUGCUGACGGUAAAGCUCCAGCACCCGGAGAUACGAUCGUAUAUGUGUGUGGAGCUUUUGAUCUUUUCCAUGUUGGUCAUCUCUGCUUCUUGGAAGAGGCCAGAAAGCUGGGCGACUAUCUUAUUGUAGGAUUGUAUCCAGAUGCCGUAGUGAACAACUACAAGGGCAACAACAGUCCCAUCAUGACACUACAUGAACGAGUACUCAGUGUGCUUGCUUACAAAGUACGUUUGUGCUGUAUAUCAGGCAGGGUAAUUGAUAAACUGGUGUCUUAUACACAUAAGAUAUGUACCAGUUUAUCGAUUAUAAGAUGUUAGAUGUGCCUUAUCCAACUAAAUAUAACAUUUAUGAAUAACAUCUAAACCAAAAUAUUUACAGCCAGUAAGUGAAGUUGUAAUCGGAGCUCCAUACGAAGUAACCAAGGACCUCAUAGACAGAUUCCAUAUCGAUAUUGUAGUCAGCGGCCUUCGAGGUCAUCAAGAGCACGAUGGCGUCGACCGCUUCAGAAUCCCCAAAACGCUGGGAAUCUUCAAAGAAAUCGAAAGUGGCAACAGGAUGACUACGGACAAGAUCGUGCAGAGGAUCAUCGCUCAUCGACAGACCUUCGAGAUCAGAAACCAGAAGAAAGAACGGAAGGAGAUCGCCGCCUUCGAAGCUUUAAAACGGCUACAGAGCCGUCAGGGACUAUCGUGCACUAGCCAGGUGAUAUCGCUACAUGAACACAACGGCCAAGCUCACUAA